AUGGCCCCGCUUCACGCGAUGCUGCUUCCCGUCGCUUCGCUCGUCCUCCUCUCUGCCCAGUUAGCUUCUGGCACGACUGACAAGGCCUCAAAAGCAUCCUCCUUCGUUGGGUCGACCCAGACCUUCGCGUUCCCGCCAACUGGAGCAAGCGUGACCGAAAACGCUUCGGACUUUCCGGAUGGGACCCAAAUCAACGUGUUUGGGCCAACUCCAACCGGCGACGAAGCCUUGGCAAUUGCCACCGCCCCCGUCUCUCCUGUCUACGACAAUACGUUCCCGCUUGUCGAGCCCGGAACGGAGGACCACGCGCCGUCUUUGUCUGGCUUCUCGGUCAUCCAUUCCUGGGGUAACCUCUCGCCAUUCCGCUCGCCGUCUUCCUCUUCGGCUUCAACAAAAUCAGCAUUUGGCGUCGCAAAUGGCUCGCCGCGCCUGCCCGCUGGGUGCUCCCUCAACCAGGUCCAUCUUCUUCACCGCCAUGGCGCGCGAUACCCAACAACCGGGGCUGCGCCGUCGAAGUUCGCCGCUGCUCUCAAUGCUGUUGCAGCCUCUGGAAAGCUCAGCGCUAGCGGGCCGCUCGCCUUUUUGAAUACUUGGACAUAUAAACUCGGAGCAGAAAUACUCACGCCGUUCGGGAGGGGUCAAAUGUUCGAACUGGGUGUGGGAUUCCGCGUCAAAUAUGGCGACCUUCUGAAAGGCUUCAGCAAGCUGCCCGUCUGGCGCACGACUUCCGAGGAACGCAUGCUUGAUUCGGCGCUUCAUUUUGCCGCCGGCUUCUUCGGCGUGCAGGACUUUGCGAAGGAUUACCACCAGCUCAUCGAGAUCGAGGCGCUGGGGUUCAACAGCACCUUGGCUCCGUAUGAGCAAUGUGCCAAUGCGAACAACGCCGUCGCGGGUAUCGCAAGUAAUUUUACCAAUGCGUGGGCAGAGGUUUACCUCAAAAACGCUCAAAAGCGCCUCGCGCCGCACUUGUCUGGCCUGGCGCUGAACGCGACGUGGCUGUUCGCUAUGCAACAAACGUGCGCAUACGAGACUGUUGCGCUUGGCUACUCCGCGUUCUGCGACCUGUUCACGGAGGAGGAGUGGAAUGGAUAUGAGUACUCGGUGGACUUAUCCUUCUGGUAUGACAACGGGCCUGGAAACCCGGCGGUCGCGGCACAAGGUGUUGGAUGGGUGCAAGAGCUGGUGUCUCGGCUGAGUGGGGAACGCAUUGCAGCAUCGACGACAACAACGAACGCGACCAUCGUGGGCAGCAACAUCACCUUCCCACUGGACCAGCCAAUUUACGUCGACGCGACUCACGACACGGUUAUAAGCGCAAUCGUUGUGGCUAUGAACUUCACCAGCAUGGCACGGACAGGACCCCUCCCCUCUACACACAUACCAAAAGAUCGUUCGUAUAUUGUGAACCAAAUCUCGCCGUUUGGCGCGAAUCUCGUUGGCCAAGUCCUCUCCUGCCCCUCCCCCGCCUCCCCUGCGUCUUCUCCAACGCACAUCCGCUGGUUGCUCAACGAUGCCGUCGUUCCGCUGACCGGCAUUGCGGGCUGCGCGGCCUCCACAUCGGGCCUCUGCCCGCUCAAGGCCUUCGUUGCGGGGAUGAAGCAGCGCAUACGGGAGAUCGACUUUGCAGAGGGGUGCUUCGGGAAUUUUACCGUGCCCAACCCAGAUUUGUUGGUCGGCGGUAUGAUUGGCGGGCCCGCGGCGAGGAAGAUUGCCGCAUGA